AUGACAGGAGACAACGCGUUGACAUUUCCACUCGAAUUGGAGCUGCCUGUCGUGAACGGGAACAGACAACAGCGGUUGAUUACCCACAUAGCACGAGCGGAUGAAGCUGACGAGAUAUUUGAAUUUCUGUUACGCCAUUUCUUUCCGCUGGCACCCAUCCGCCAACUGGGAUUGUAUGACGAAUCGGAAGAGGCCAAGCGACCUGAAUGGAUACAAGAUCUCGUCCGUGAUUGCGUCAAAACGCCUCAUUCGCUGCUCGUGCGGGAUGUCUGCCGACACCAGCAAAUCGUGGCAGUGGCCAUCAACGAAUUCAAGACAAAGAAUUCGACGGAUGUUGGCCCAUCAUCGGAGCCCUACGCCAGUAAAAGUUCGAACCCAGCUCAGAUUCCCGUCGGCCGAUUGCACAAGGCUGUGCUCGAGUACAUCAACCGAGAUGUCAACGUCUUUGACAUUUACAAAACGGAUUUAAAAAUGGAGUUGAGCAUUCUGGCUGUGGAUGAUGGGUAUGCUCGCCAAGGUCUAGCUACAAAGUUGGUGGAAUUUUCGCUGGGAAUUGCGCGGGCCGAAGGUGCGGGAGCAGUUUGGACAGAAGCCCUUAGUGAGUAUACGGCAAAAGUGACCUCUAAGUUUGGCUUCGACAUUCUGAGAACCGUUAAGUAUUCCGAAUUCAAGUUCGACGAGGACUUUCCAUUGGCCAAUAUCCCAGGGCACAGAGUGGGCCACUUGAUGGCACUCAAAAUCUGA